AUGUGUGAAAGGACGUACAAUGGCAUCCGGCCCGCUGUAGUAUCAUAUCUCACUCUGUAUUAUGCUACGAAAGCGGCGGUCGGCGAAGCAUUCGGACAGUUCGUGAACAGACAGCAGGCGUAUGGUCGUUUGGAUAGAGUCGUGGUCGACGAGUGUCACGUCGUGUUGGAUUCGCGUGGAGGUUGGCGCACCGAGAUUUUGGAAUUGAGACAAUUAGUGCGAUUGCAGACGCAGUUGGUAUAUUUAACAGCGACGUUAAUGCCCAGCGAGGAGCGCGAAUUCAUUAGGUGCAUGGGAUUACCCAUAAAAGAGAAGAUACAGUGGUUCAGAGCACCGACAGAGCGAAAGAAUGUGACAUACCAGGUCAAAUGUUGCACGAGAGAGGAGGAGACACAGGUGUUGUCCGGAUUAGUGGAGCGAAAGAAGAAGCAGUAUGGCAAGCGAGGCAAAAUUAUAGUGUAUUGUGGCACUGUUGAUCAGACAGAGGCGUUGGCAAGUGAAUUGGGAGCGGCGGUUUUCCAUAGAAACGCGGGUAAUAAGGAGUAUAAGAGCGCGGUGUUACAUCAAUUGAAAGGAGAGGACGGUCAGCAAGUUUUCACAGCAAUAAAUGCAUUAGGAUUAGGUGUUGACGCACCAACGAUACGAGUUGUCAUACAUGUGGGUCAAGUGCGGCGAUUACGAGAUUACAGUCAAGAAAGCGGGCGAGCGGGAAGGGAUAGGGCAAAAAGCGAGGCGAUCAUAUUGAAUACAGCAAAGAUAAAAGCACGGAGCAAUUGGAUGGAUGAUGGAUUGAGGCAGUAUGUAUGGAGUGGGCGUUGCAGAAGGAUGGUUUUGAGCGAGUUCAUGGAUGGAAUAGAGCGGGGUCCAUGCGAAGAAGGCGAGCAGGCGUGUGAUAUUUGUGGUGGAGCGGAUGACAUCAAAGAGUUGGCCCAGGUUCGCACGGGUGGCGAGUUAGAGGUCAUGGAUGCAGGCGUGUCGCCAUCAUUAAGAUUUGAAUUCCAGCGCGAAAUGCAGCAAAGAAGGGUGAUUGAGGCAAUUGAUAGAGAGUCACGAAGGGAUGAGAUGGAGGAAGUAGACAAAUUGAGGCGGUUGAUGUGAGAAUGGGGCCACCGAUAUGUAUUAUGUUUGGCCAUGGGCCGUAAAGGGGAUGGCCAUAUGGCAGAUGGUUGCACAUAUGAUGUGGGAAGGGAGUUGUUUGAUUAUGUGGAACAGGUGCGGAAGCGAAUCAAGUACCAGCCAUACAGCGGUUGUUACGAGUGUGGUGUUUGGCAG